AUGGCACCCUCCUUCGUGACCCUCGACACAACCCCCGACUUCGACUUCACCCCCGCCACCACAACCACAACCACCGCACCCACGAUGCAAUCCUCAACCCGCACCCUCCUCCUCGCGCCCCCCUCCAUAGCGUCCCACCCCCACAAGCUCCAAUCCCUCCUCGCAACCCACGACCGCGCCACAACAGACCUCCAAAUGCUCGACCGCCUCUCCGCCCGCCUCGUCGCCCUCCCCCCCGCAACCUACGACGCCGUCCUCGUCCUCACAGACGCGGACGGCUCCCGCGUCGAAUCCACCGCCCUCCUGGCGCAAGACCGCGGCGCGGUCCUCUCCGCCGUCGCGGAGUCCCUCAAGCCCGGCGCCCACGUCAGAGCCCAAGACGGCGGCAACCUCGCAAACGACCCCGCCGUCGCGCGCGAGGCCGUCCUCGCCGGUCUCGUCUCGGCCGGCGGCGGCUUCACGAAGCCGGACUACGGUGAAGACCAGGUCGUUUCGUUGAGCUUUGGCAGCAAGAAGAAGAAGCUCGGCGUCGUCAACGGUGACGGCGCCGUCUCGCUCAACAACGGAGGCGCCGUGUCCUUGAACAGCAAGCCCUCCACCGCGCCCCCGGUCUCCGCGCCCCCGGCGGGCGUAGGCUUCGUCGACUUCAGCGACGACCUCGACAUGGACGACGACGGCGACGACGACGACCUCAUUGACGAGGACACCCUCCUCACGGACGCAGACCUCUCGCGCCCCAUCAACAUCCCCCCCGAAUGCGCCCCCAAAGCAGGAAAACGCCGCCGCGCCUGCAAAGACUGCACCUGCGGCCUGGCAGAGCGCCUCGCAGCCGAGGACGACGCCGCCCGCGCCUCCGCCGACAAGGCCCUCGCGUCCGCCGCCGCAGUCAAGCUCGGCGCAGACGACCUCGCCGAAGUCGACUUCACCGUCCAAGGAAAAGUAGGCUCCUGCGGAAACUGCGCCCUCGGCGACGCCUUCCGGUGCGACGGCUGCCCCUACAUCGGUCUCCCGCCCUUCAAGCCCGGCGAGGAGGUGCGGAUCCUCAAUAACGACAUCCAGUUGUAA